AUGUCUUCAGCACCGUCGACACCUGGCAAGUCACCAUCCCUGCCUGUGAACAGCGCAAUGAAGGAAGUGCCAGAUCCCACAGACAAUUUCACCACUGACUUGGAUGAUAUGGAGAUGGAGAUGUUUGUGCUGGAGACAGUACCUGACUUCACUCCCGAACAACCAUCAUCCAGACAUCGUAUUUCGCCAGGCAAGUCGACUGACACGCUGUACUGUAGCUGGUCAGCCCUCAUCCCAACUCUUGUUGAGCCUCAAGUCCAAUAUACUGCAUGGACACAGGGCCAACCCUUGGAAAGGGUCAAGGAAGUCAUAUCUGCGUGCGCCACUCUCAAAUGUGCAGGGAAAUGGACGACUUUGACAUGUUUGUUCUUUGACCCUGCAACUGCUCCUCAAUUGCCCAAGUCCUCGUCCUCCAUGGUCUCUUCCCCACUGCACCCUCCCAGCCUCGUAUGGCAGUUUCCCUUGACUUUCUACCAGGCGCUCUUCGAGCGCUCUUGUGAUGCGAUUAACGCACUUGCAUCUGCUCUCAAAACAUAUUAUUCUCGCCGAGGCUUCCAAAUGAUGGACAAACAGGGUGAAUCAAUUCGUGAACCUUUUCGUCGUGGCCUUGGCUACGCAGUACAGUGGUUUGACAUUCUCCAAAUUAAAGUUGAACAUCAACUCGAGUCACUUAUCCAGCAGUGUCAGGAUUGUGUCACACAGUUCAAAGAGGCGUCAUCAGUCCUCGACACAUCUUCGUCUCCUGAUGCACAGCAACAUCUAGAGCAGCCCUCCUCCCCCCCCAUCUUACACCGGAAACAAUGUUCGCCCCUCCUUGUCCAGCGAUGCCCUGCAUGUUUUGGCGGCACAUUGUAUGGCAGACCUACUGACGAUGGUGGCGAUAUACAUGUGGCAACAGAUGGAAAUUUCCACCACCGCCAUCGGCGCUCUGCAGGCGACUGUCCAUGGUUCUACGAUCCGACUUACUUUCUUCCUAAAGAUUUCAUCGAUGAAGUCGGCCGCCAGAUAGAAUCUCAACGUAAGCGGCCUCCCAGGGCACGUAAAUGUGUUGUACCUGAUGAAGCUAUUGAUCGAUGCGAAAAUGCUUACGAGGCUGCUGAUGGGAAGAAGCAGAAGGCAGCUAUGGACAGUUUUGACGAUACGGGAAUUAUGGCUCUCAUUUGUCGUCAUGAUAUUCCCUUAUUCUUUGCUAACAUAGAUUCACCUGGCGAGCAACAGAAAUAUUCUGUUGCGCUUCUCCAGCACUUAUUUUCAUUGCUUCCCCCUCAGGCAACUGUUGUUGCCUUAUACGAUGUUGGAUGUGUUCUGGCACGGUCGCUUUUAAAGGUAGACUUCUCGGUCUUUAUUCGUAUCCCCAUUCUGAUUGACGUCAGUAUGAAAUCCUUCCCCAAGACAUUACAAGCUGCCUCCGAUUUGCCACGACGGCAAUGCACGCAUAUGGACAUGAAUGGGCCUGUCAAUUGGUAUAUAAUCCGCGCAUCUGCGUUGGACUUGGGUUGUCAGAUGGAGAAGGAACCGAGAGACUUUGGUCAUGGUUUGUUCACCUGA